GCUCCAAGAAUCUUUCCACUGCUGCUCAACCAUAUUACAACAGACGAGAAUCGCUCAGCCUAGUUGACGGUUGUGUAAUGUUUGGCGACAGAGUCAUAGUUCCUGAGAUGUUCCGACGAAGGAUUCUGCAACAGUUUCAUCGAGGUCAUUCCGGAAUGGUACGCAUGAAGGCAAUAGCUAGAAGCUUUGUUUUUUGGCCCGGUAUCGACAAUGACAUUGAAGACUUCGUCAAACACUGCACGCCAUGUUUAUUAGCAGCCAAGACUCCUACAAAGACGACAUUAGAGUCGUGGCCGAUUCCUGCCAAACCCUGGUCCAGAAUACAUAUCGAUUACGCAGGUCCCGUAGAUGGUGUCUAUUUUCUAAUAAUAGUAGAUCCCUUCUCUAAGUGGCCUGAAAUACAUCCAACAAAAUCCACGACAACAAAAACCACCAUCAAACUACUGAUUCAAACUUUUGCAACAUUCGGCAAUCCAGAAGUAAUAGUGUCCGACAAUGGAACUCAAUUUUCCAGCCACGAAUUUCAAGAUUUUUGUACAGCUCAAGGAAUACGUCAUAUUCGUAUCGCUCCGUACCAUCCGCAAUCCAACGGUUUAGCCGAAAGAUUCGUCGAUACUUUGAAGAGAAGCCUUCGAAAAAUGCGCACGGGAGGAGAAUCACUCGAAGAAGCACUGUACACCUUCUUGAAUGUUUACCGCUCUACUCCAACCAGUGACUUGAACGGCAAAGCUCCCGCUGAAUUGAUGUUCGGCAGACCAAUACGUACCAUAUCGUCAUUGCUCAAACCGACUGAACGUUCCACUGACUCCACAUUCAGAAACAGAAAGAAUCAGAACAACUCAUUCAACAAAAAGCACGGCGCAGUCAAAAGGGCAUUUCAGCACGGAGAUACCGUCUACGUAAAGGUACAUCGAGCGAAUUCAUGGCAGUGGCAACCAGCAACUGUGAUCGAGAAAAUCGGAACCGUGAACUACAAUGUCUUCCUGGAGGAUCAACAUCGCCUGAUACGGUCACAUGCAAACCAACUCAACGCUCGAGUUCCUGAACCUAGUACAGUAGGUAACCCAACACCGCUUUCAGUAUUUUUCGAUGGUUUCGGAUUAACGGCUCCAAAAGCUCUCAAUGUUCCUGUUGACAACCCAGACCCCCAGUUGUUAGAAGAACCCGUGUUGGAUGAGUCCAAUGAAGCUAGCCUGACAAAUGAUUCUUCAGAAGAUGAAGUUGUGGGAAAUGAAGAAUCCGUACCUGUACAAUCAUCAACACCAAUCCUAGAGAGAGGUCGACGAAUGAUUCAACUUCCAGCCCGGUUCAAGCCCUACUGGAUGAUGAAACCUUGA